UUACGUCGGUGUUGGUGCGUCGGGGGCCCCCCUUGUCCCAGGCUAUAUAAGAGACCUGCGAGCAGAGUCCCCCCUCAAACACAUUCACUGAAUCCGGACUUCAGUGCUGAGAGACGCGGCGAGCACAGCCGCCCGUUCAGCCGCUCUCCAUCCGGAGAGGAGAGGAGGGCAGACAUCCAGAAGCUCCAGGAGAACCUUACCAAAAUAUUUUUAAAAAGAGCUGCAAUGAAAGUCCAAUAACAUCACUUCUACAGAUCAGCACUUGCAAGUGUGUAGUGGGAUUUUCCUUUUUUUUCAUCCAACCUGCACUGCAGCAUCACGCAAGCAUGUACCGCUCAACCAAAGGAGCAUCCAAGGCUCGUCGGGACCAGAUCAAUGCCGAGAUUCGGAACCUGAAGGACUUGUUGCCCAUCUCUGACACGGACAAAGCCAGACUGUCGUACCUGCAUAUCAUGUCACUUGCCUGCAUGUACACCAGGAAAUCUGUCUUCUUCACUUCACAGGAAACGGAAAGUGCACCGGGAGAGCAGAGCACAGGAUUCCUCUCUUCCCACGAGCUCACCGACUUGAUGCAGGCGCUGCCGGGCUUCCUGAUGCUGCUCACAGGAGAGGGGAAGCUGCUCUACCUGUCUGACAGCGUCUCCGAGCACCUGGGUCACUCCAUGGUGGAUCUCGUGGCACAGGGAGACAGCGUGUACGACAUCAUUGACGCCUCGGAUCAGCUAACCAUGAGAAACAACCUGUCGAGAUCCACCUCCCCUGAGAUAGAUCGCCUCUUCCGUUGUCGUUUCAACACCUCCAAGUCAGUGCGCAGGCAGAGCGCUGGGAACAAGUUGGUCCUGAUCCGAGCUCGCUGCCUUUCUGCUCCUUCUAUCUCACCUACCACCACCGCUACUGCUGCAGCUGCUGCCGGCACCUACUGGUCCUCCAAUCCAGUCUGGGUGUGUUUCUGCUCCCCUUUGGAGCCUCAUCCCACCCGCUCGGCGGCCGAGACCACGUCGAGUGCUCCUCAGGGUGACACCAACCUGUUUCUGGCCUGUUUUCACUCCCAGCAUGACCGCGACAUGAGGCUACAGGCUGCCCAGGACAGUGUGAGCUCUUAUCUGGGCUUUGAUGUGGCAGCUUUACGUUCCUGCUCCUGGUACAGCCUCCUCCACCCGCAGGAUCUGUCACAUGCCUCCGCUCAGCACCGUAGCCUACUGCGAGAGGGAGGAGAGGGCCGAGCUGAAAUGGUGGUGCGAGUGCAAGCUCAGGACCAGACAUGGGUUUGGAUCUACAUGGUGCUCCAGCUGCAGCCUGGAGAGAUCCCCGUCAGCAGCAACAACUACGUCAUCAGCGAGUCAGAGGCUUGGUCAGUGCGUCAGCAGCUGAGCUCCGAACAGAGCCAGCUCAGCCUGGUUCUCAGCACCGGCCCCUCACAGCAGGAGAGUGUGGGCCUGCAGUCCCCAGAAACCCUCUCCAGCCCAGACCAGGUCUUCACCCCGGGCAGCAGCGGCCUGUCCGGCCAGUCCUUUGACUUCAGCACAGCCGGCUGCAGCGUAGCUUCUUCCGAUGAACGGGCGAGCUUAGCCGCUGAAGUGGUGCGGCUGGAGGGGGAACCUCGCUCCAGCAUCUCUUCCCUGGAGGAGGAGGCCUUCUUCCAGCCACCUCCUGUGCGGAGCCCCUCUGCAGCCUCCUCUCCCACCCCGGUCACGGUUGAGACGGUGUCCGACUUGGACUUUUUAACCCAGAACAUCCUCAUGCCGCCCUCGUUCGAACUGGACCCCCCACUGCCCGCUCUCCCCCUGCCACUUCCCCCUGUGCCCACCUCACAAGCUCAGCAGACCAAAGAGUUUGUGUGCACACCUCCUUACACUCCCCAUGUUGGAGGGGCUAGCUUCCCGUUCGGGGAACCCCUCUUUAGCUUCGACCCCACUGGUACCACCACACCUCCCCCCUCUGCCACCACAGCCACCGCCACCACCUCCUUGGCCCCCUCCACUUCCUCCUCAGCCCCUCCGACCACCGCUUCCAGCCCGGCUCCCCCUACCACCCUGUCCACCAAACUCCCACUCAGCCUUCCCACCCCCUCCACAGAACUCCUGUUCCCGGUGGAGCCCUGCUGUGGAGCUCUGUAUGAGAAACUUCCCCCAACCCCAGACAGCCCCGGGGACGGCGACUGCACGGUGAUGACCCUCCCUGAGGUUCGGGGUCCACUCUAUGUCGACGUACCAUUGGGGCCUCUCCAGUGUCCCCCCGAGGGCCUCCUCACCCCCGAGGCAUCACCGGGUAAACAGCCCUGCCUAUCCUUCUUCUCCAUGGAAAGAGAACAAGAGAAGGAAAGGGCAGAGAUCUCUCUCUUAGCCCAGCACAUCAGCUCCUUGGCAGAGGGAUUCUAUCUGGAUCCCCUCCUGUCCAAACUGUCCCCUCCGUCCAUGUCCCCCUCGUCCUCACCUCCUUCCCCCUUCCCGUCUUCUGCCGACACAGAGGAUUCAAUCCAAGUGCUUCGGGAGUUUUAUCCCAUCAAAGUGUGGCGAGGUCUGGACAUUCCCAUGUUCCUCGAGGACGAUGGCUCUCUCUUUGAAGAGAGCAUCCUAGAAACCAUCCUCCAAGACAUUCCUCCUCAGUCCUCUCCUUUCUCCUCCCCGAUGCCCAGUCCCUCCAGCCCAAUCUCCCCUCAGACCCCCGUGUGCUGGCACCAAGCCUCCCAGUUUGAGGGAGUGGGCCAAUUCUGUAGCGUCCAAUUGGCGCAACCUAACUCUGCGGACGUGCGCGGGGAGACCACGAUGGCCGAGGCAAACAAAGAGGAGGAGCCAGCGGAGGAAGCCAUGGAGAUCGAGGUGGCAUCAUCUCCAAUGUCUCCUUGCACCUCCAUACCGGCUUCUCCUCCUUUGCUCCUCACCACCUCACCGGGACCCAACAUCAUCACUACCACCUCCUCCACACCGGUCUCCCCCGCACCUGCCGCCGUGUCCUGCGCUCAGUCCCUCCUGGAGGAACUGGCCAUCCUGGAGCCCAUGUUUGGGGCAGGUGCCUCGAUCGCCCCUGGUUUAGGGCAACAACCUGAGUUGUAUCAACUCCAGUGUCAUCCAUCGCCACAGUGCUUCCACAAAGAUGGGAGUGGAAGCAUCCCUCCGUUCUAAAAUAAGUCUGUGACUUACUUCAUCAAGUAUGGCAUAUUGUCAUAUUUUGUGGAGACACUUUUACUGCAAAGUAAAACAUAUUUAAGUGUAUAAAUAUACAUUAUGUAUAUACAACUUAACGCCUACAUGUCUCCUGAGAACAAAAAUGGGCUUCCUAUUUUUGUUCAACCUUUAAGCUGUAUACUAGGACACCUGGUGCAACAUUUACACAAGACACAACACACAACAACAACAACAUGGACCCCUGACUGACUGAGUCCCGAGUCCAUGUGGUGCCUACUGCUUCAGAUAUGGGCUCUGAACUUGUUAAGCCUUGUUUAACUUACAGACAUGCAUUUGUAUUCACUCGUAGUGAAAAAAAUUGUUGUGGACAUGAGAAAAAAAGCUUGACUUAUAGCACUUUUUGCCUGACGUGCAGCAACACAAACUCAAAACUCAAAAAAGGUACGAUGACAAUGAACUGAUAGCACACUUCCACGUGAAACAAACAUGAUACACAUUUGAAUUUUGAGUUUGCAGCUUCAAACCUUUAACAUUCCAUAUGUGUCUCUCCAUCUAAACUUGUGGUUACCUUCUGUGAUGUGCAACAAACAAAGUAAGCAUGUGAAGAGAAGAUGGCAUGUGAAGACUUUCCAAGGUGGGGAAAAAUGUUGGUGCCCGGUUGGAAGCUCCGAUCAUGCCACAAAUCCCCUCUUUCCUCGUACUGUACAUUAAGACUCUGAAUGUGGACUCUGGUCUGGGACUUGGGAGUGGGUGGGUGGAGGGUUGGCUGGAUAAUCUCGCAGCAUCAAUAUUUGCAAUGCUGGCAGCUUAUAGCGGCUCCUGUGCGCCUGCUUAUCAUCCAAUGUGACAUCACGACUCCGCUUGGAGGCGCGGUGUAUCGAGGCACAAUCGACUUUCACGCGAACGCGCAAUUCUUCUUUUUUGAGAGGGGUUACGGUCACUUGGGAAGGGGUGCUACCUGCUAUCGUUCACCAAGCGACACGGCUUGAGGACGGUACUAUUCCCAUGGUGUCGACACGCUCACGUAGAGUUGUCUACGGUCAAGUAAAGGAUUGAUUCCUACGUUCUAGCUAUUAAUGGCUAACUUAAUAAACUGUGUAAACUUAUACUAUUGUGUGUGUGUGUGUGUGUGUGUGUGUGUGUGUGUGUGUGUGUGUGUGUGUGUGUGUGCGUGUGUGACACUGGAGGAAGCUAAGAGCAUAUUUUACAUUAAAAACAUGGCUUAUGUUCUUUUCAAGAAGGUUGUAUGAAAAUUGAUUUGUAUGAAAAAGUUUGUACAUAGGACAGAUUUCUAUGGCUGAAAUAUGACUAUAUACUUACAGAAUGGACAUUGUGGACCAGUGUUCUAUUGUGUUGCUUAUAACUGUAUUUGAUUGUCGACAAAUGCAUUUAUAAUAAAGUGCACUUAAUGCGG